AUGUCUACCAUACCAGCAAUACAUUCGUGGAAUUUAACCAAUUACGCUCGACGAAUUAAUCCGAAAUGUGUCGCAAAGAAUGAAUAUUUCUGGUCGUGUUUGAAUACCGAUCAAUCAUCGUUAAAAAUGAUGAUUACUCCAACAUUACAGUUGAUCAUAGUUUCAUCCGAGCAAUGUAUCGAGGAAUUGCUUGAUAUUUGGUUAUUAUUUAACUCAACACACGUGCACGUUCAUUGUAAAAGUGUUUUAUUUAAUUAUACAUGGCCUCCAUCAUGCACUGGAACACAUCUUGAUUCAAGCCAGCCAAUGAAGCUUCAUUCGUUGUUUUUCAAUGAAACAAAAGAUGCAUUAGCGUUAGAACAGUCAACAAACAUGAACAUUCGAACAGAUUUUAUUCGUCAAUACUUAUCCACGUGUCUCAUGGAUCCGAUGUUUUGCAUUUUUGUCGAUCGAAAUGAACAAAUGUUAAAAAGCUUGUUAUCAGAUAAAUAA